CUGAAAUACACCUUGCUUUGCUUUCGUCAGUACUGUAUUCAAUGUAUGUACCAGUACCUGAUACAAAAUUCAGAGUCAUCCCAUUCCCACCCUCGCAUGCGCACGUGGCUCUAGAGUAUCUGCUAUUGGAAAUGGGAGAUCGAGGGUACUGCAUUCUCGAAUGUCGCUGCCGUUGCUGUGGAGAGAAGACUGGUAAGAUGAGGUACAGACAAGUAUCUCCUCCAAUCUUGAGAAAAAAAAAGGAGAAGGCAAACACCCUCGGAGGACUGUGCCUACCUAGCUGUACGAGUAGCCGCGGCGGGUCGGUUAAUAAUUUCUGAGAUGUUCAGGGCGCCGAAGUGAAGUGUGGUGAACUCUUUCC